UUUACCGCUCCUAACGGGAGCGACGGGCAGUGACAAUGCGAGGAGCAUGAUCAGCGCGAGUUACGUGUUCAUAUACUCGUGCUGCCCACUUCCCUGCUCACUGCCACGAAAAUGGGCUGAAUGUAAAUGAGUUUAAUUAGCCAAUAAAAAUGUGGAGCAUAAUCAGUUUUGAUAAUGAAAAUGCUGUAGAGGAUGUUCCUUCACACUGGAUGAAAAAUAACACGUGCGUCUGGCCAAAAAAAGAUGUUAAAAAGCAUAUACAACGAAGGACUAAUCCAAAUAAAUUUGAUUUUAAUUAUUUUAAAUCAAGAAUUUUGAAAAAAGGCAUUGAAACAUUACAUGAAACUAGAGAAAAAGUUAAAUUAGCAGAGGAUACAAGUGACCUAUCUAAUAUUGAAAAUUCAAAAUGGAAAAAAAAAACUACAGCUAUAAAUUUAGAACCUCCUCAGUAUAUUGAAAAGUUACAUAAAAAUAAACGAAAUGAUGAUUUAGAUGCUAGGAAGAUACUUCAAUAACAUUGAUGACUUCACCCAAAUUGCCGAAAACAGAUACUAAUUGUAAUUUUGACCACGAGUUAGAUUAUAGUUAUAAAGAAAGCAGUACAAUAGAGAAUAAUUAGACCCAAUCGUUAAAAUCCAAACU